AGUUCCCAGGCUUUCUUUCUUCUCGCGGUUUUUCGAAAAAAAAAUCAUAAUUUAUAAACACGAAACAUCGAAAACAUGGCUGAUCCGUUGUCUUUGUUGCGACAAUAUAAUGUUCAACGAAAGGAGAUAUUGGAGAAGGAUGAUUACAUUAGCUUUGACGAAUUUGCAUUCCCAAAGACUGCAAAAACCAACUAUAUUAUAUACAGGACUCAACCAAAGGAGUACUAUACAUUAGAGUCAAUGCUGUUCUUGUUAAAAAAUGUGCAUUUAUCUCAUGCAAUCUAUGUCCAACGUGCUGCAGCCUCAAAAAUUCCAGUUGUCAGAUUGCCUGAUAAGAAGGCUCUCCUCAGCUACUUGAAUGGAGAGACAGAAAUAUCAUCAAGUAUUGAUAAAAGUGUUCCACUUGAGCUCCCAACACAAAGACCUUCAGCAAGAUAUCAAAAUUUAAAAAGACCUGGGGAAGAUGGGGCAGCUGGAGAAUUCAAGAGACCUAAAGUCGAGGAGGAACAAGUGAGACGUGACAAGGAAAGGCUGGAAGCUCGUCUUGAAGGUCACAAAGAGGGAACAGUAACAACUGAACAAAUUCGCUCCUUGAGUGACACAAUGUCAGCAGAAAAGAUAGCAGCCAUCAAGGCAAAACGUUUAGCAAAGAAGAGAACAACAAUUAAAGUUGAUGAUGAACUUGAUGCUGGACUUCUUGAAAGACGUGUGUUUGUUGAUGCUGAAGUGGAUGUAACAAGAGACAUUGUUAGCCGUGAGAGACUGCUUCGUACAAGAGCAAGUGUCCUCCAAAGUACUGGAAAACAUUUUCUAAAGAACAUCCUGGCAAUCCUACAGUCAGUGAAAGCACAUGAAGAUGGCUCGGCUGCAAAACAACCCCAAAAACCUGCUCCUGUUGCAGAGGUUCCCAAGAAGAAAGCUGUUAUGCCAGUUUCAUAUAACAGAUAUGAUCAGGAACGAUUCAAUAGAAAAGAAGAAACGGAGGGAUUCAACAUUGACACCAUGGGAACAUAUCAUGGCUUGAGUUUGGAUCGUGUAAAGGAAGGUGUCCAUAAAACAGAGCAAAAGCGAUCAUCGCAUUCCAUGCAACAAAGAUCAACAAAAUCUCAUUCUUCAGUUCAACAGAAGCCAGCUCCACAAAUGCCACAGAAAAGAGAAUCUCGAACUCCGAUCAUUAUUGUGCCUGCCGGGACUACAUCGUUAAUCACGUUGUAUAACUGCAAAGAUUUACUUCAAGAUUUCAGGUUUAUAACAGCGGACGAAAAGAAACAAAAUGGAACUCGAAAAGAGAAUGAGGUUUUAAUACAGCGUCGCAAGGAAGCAACAGUUCACGGGGCACCAGGAACUGUUACUGUGCCAUACAGAGUGAUUGAUAGUACACAGAGACUACAGCCCAAUGACUGGAACCGUGUCGUGGCUGUAUUUGUUCAAGGACCAACGUGGCAAUUUAAGGGAUGGCCUUGGCUUGCCAGCGAUGGUUCGCCUGUAAAUAUUUUUACAAAAGUAAAAGCAUUUUACCUCAAAUUCGAUGAGAUGGAAACGGAUGCUAAUGUGAAAAAGUGGGAUGUACAAGUUCUAACCAUAAGCCGCAGUAAACGCCAUCUUGAUCGUGCUUCAAUGUUGAAAUUUUGGGAAGCUCUGGAUAAGUUCAUCAUCAAGACCAAGCCACAAUUAAGACAUUGAACUCGGGAUAUCGACCACGAGAACGAAACAAAUCCUAAUUGUGAUAGAAACACUAAAUGAAGUCGUGUGUGGGAGGCCGUCUGUAUUUGACCUUCUUUCCUGAUAAUAAUAAAUAGUCCUGGACUUAGCGAAAGACAAUUAUUCUAUGCAAAAAUAAUAGUUUUAAGUGCAAUGAAUGAAAGCUACUGACAGCAUACUUAGGCAAUUUUUUUAUCUUAUUUAAGCAAUUAACACUGAAAACUAUAACUUCACCGUUCAAGGUGUAUCAAAGCUUAGCUAACUGUGAUCAAAGCAUUGAUCUAGGAUUAGAUUUAUACAUACGACCAAUUCGACGUGUGUAAAUUAGUAAAUGGAAUCAUUUAACAGAUAUUGUAAACAUUUAGUUAUUAAAUGUCAUGAAAAUAAA